GUUUGCGUUAAAAAUCGGAAUGUUUUUGCAAGUGUCAGGGGCAAAUGUGAAGCUGUCUUGAUAGUCAGUGUCUGUGCUUGGACAAUUAUGGGUUUCAUAAAAAGUGCAGGUUUCGCGUUCGCAACGCUGCUUCUAGCAGCCGUUCUCCUCCCGGCCCUUGCUGACGAGGUCACCUGGAAGAAGUGCAAGAGCACCGACGUCCUUAGCUCGCGAGCCCGCCAGGCGCGCUCCAUCAAGACCCACAGCUGGGACCUCAAGGCCACCAGCCUCUAUCUCACCCACUGCAAUAUACUCCAUCUCCACAACUUCAGCGGACUCCCUAAAGUCAAAACCAUAGUUUUGGCCAACAACAAUCUGCAAUUCGUCAACCCAGAAGUCUUCAAAAAAGUAUCCGGGAUAACUGAACUAGAUUUGUCCUUUAACAGACUUAGCACAGUCCCUGUCUUUGGGCAACAUGGUAUUUUUGAAAGCAUGACGAAACUAUCACUUAGUAAUAACAGGAUAACUUUAGUUCUUAAUUUGGAAACUUUCUCGUCCAUGAAGGUGUUACAAGAGCUUAACUUAGAUAACAAUGUUAUUCGUCACAUAGAUGGUGAAGUAUUCAAACCUUUGGUUAAUUUGAAAACGAUUAAUCUGGCUUCUAACAAACUUUCUUAUAUCCCCGAAGGUAUGUUCCAAAUCCAAACAUUAGAGACCAUUUACUUGAACGAUAAUGCAAUUGGAUACGUGUCACCAACAGCGUUUGGAAGUAGUAUAAAAACUUUAGACUUAUCUGCUAACAGACUUGCGUAUCUGCCAAAAGAUUUUGUGUCGAAGCUGACCACUGGUGAAUCUAAACUGAUCAACUUCGAGUUAGCUUCGAAUCCUUGGCAAUGUGCGUGUUUGUUGGAGCUGCUUCAUGAUGUGAAGAAGCUUGGUGUGUGUGACGAGUACUACAAGUAUGUGUUUGAUGGCGAGAAGCCGUUAUGUGUUGCUCACGAGCAGACAGAGUGCAGCAGACCGAGCGAUGAUGAGGUGUUGCUGUCUGUGGAGCUGGCCAACGAUUAUAUAACCCGUACGAAACCUUAUCCUGUUUGUGCGUAAAUAAGACUUUAAUAAAAUUUAUAUUGAUU